AUGAGUUAUGAAGAUAAAACUUUUUCGUUCAGCGGUCAAAGAAAAGAGAAAGGAGUUUCUGCUUAUAAAGAAGAAUUAAUAAAAUGCGAAUCGAGUGAAAAAUGUGAAUAUAAAACAAAAAUCAAAGUAAAGAUAGGAAAUAAUCAAAGGAUAUUAUUAUUAUUAAGACAUAUGAAUGAAGAAUAUUAUUUAAUAUUACAUCAGCAUAAAUUAAUAAUAGGUUAUCCUAUGACGUAUAGAAAGAUAGCACCAGAAAAAUCUACAUAUCAUUAUAAGGCAUUUUAUGAAAAAGGUGAUGAUACAUAUGAAAAUCAGAAUAGAAGAGGUAAAGAUAGAUGUGAAGGAUAUAAAUUUAAUAAUCAAGAUAGAUUAAGUAUACCAACAUUUAAAGAUUUCAAUGAUAAAGGUUUUUCUAUAUGUUGUUCAUGUUUAGAUACACCACCAGCAUUUGAAUCUAAUAGUAAUAUAUAUGGAGGUUUACCAAGAAAUAUGAGAUUACAAUGUAUUAAUGAUAAUGAAAGUAAUAGAAAAUUAUAUAAAGAAAGAAUUGUAGCAGUAAAAAAAAGUAUAAGACAUCUUUUACCAUUUUAUGCUAUAUUUCGUUUUAUGAGUGAUGUGAAAAUAUUUAUUAUAUUUCAUAUAAAUAUAAUAAAAAAAGAAAAAGAUUUUUCAACAUAUUAUAAAUUAUAUGAAGAAAAAAAAAAUAAUUUAAAUAAUAUUAUAUCAUUUAGAUAUGUUUUAGAUGAUACAAGAAAAGAAAUAAAAUUAUUUGAGAAAAAAACAUUUAAUAUAAGUUCUUCUUCAUCUGCUUUUGAUAAUAUUAAUAUACCAAGUAUAUAUAAUAAUUAUUUAUUAUAUCCAUUUUAUCCUGAUGAAUUAUAUAAUAUAAAAUAUGAUACAUUAGAAUAUGGAUGUUCAUAUAAUAAAGCAUUAAAAUUCGAAUGUAUUGAAAAUGAUGAAAAAAAAUGUGAAUAUACAGAUUCCACUUGUCUAAAAAAAUCUAUAUUAAUACCUAUUACAUAUGUAUCUGAUAAAUAUAAUGUUUGUGGAUUAAUAGGUUAUAAUGAUCUAUCUAUAUGGAGAAAUGAAAACUGUUUAGAAAAUAUUAAUUGUAUUAAGAAUACAGUUGAAUCAUAUUUAAAUACAGCUCAAGAAAUUACUAAAGGUAAUGAAGAAAUCGUAACUAAACUGCCUAUAAUUAAUGGAAAAUAUCCUCAUUAUAUUUUUAAAAAAAAAAAUUAUGAUAUAAAAUCGGCAAUUAAUAAAAGAUCUGUUGAAUUCUUUACAGAUACAAAUGUAGAUCAUUAUAUAGCAUAUGAAUAUUAUAAGGAGGAUCGUACAGAAUUUAUAUUAACUAUCAUGAAUGAACAAAAUAAUAAUAAUCAUCAUCAAGAAACUCAAAGUGUAGAAAUGGAAAAGUCAAAAAUAAAAAAUGACCAUUAUAUGACUCAUACAAAUAAUAAUUAUUCUCAUGAUGAUCAUCAUCAUAAUAAUAUACAUAACACAUUUAAUAAUUCUGAAAGAAAUAAUAAUGAUUAUAAUAAUACAUCUUCUUUUUAUUUUGAUAAGAUAUACAAAACAUUUAGCGAUCAUGUAAUAGGAAGUAAUGGAAAUAUUCAGGAUGAAGAAAAAAAAAAUUUAUAUGAUGGAACUGUUUUUUAUAUAGAAACAUUAAAUGAAUUAAGAAUUAUUAAUAUAUUAUUUUCAGAUUCAUGUAAUGAAUUACAUAGUGAUACUUGUGGAGUACUAGUACAUAUAUGGAAUCCAUCUAAAGAAGCUAUCAAAGGUAGAUUAAAAUUACAAUGUUUUAUAAACAAAAAAGAUAAAUAUACUGAUGAAAAAAAUCUUGUUUAUGAACAAGGAGUAUAUCAUUUUUUGUUUUUUUUUAAAGUACCUUUAGAAACAUUUUUAUCAUUCAAAAAUUGUACUGUGCAUGCAUAUGGAGCUUUCCAAUUAUAUGACAUGCAAACUUAUAUUAAUUAUAAAAAAAGUUUCUUUAGAAGAUUUUUUUAUCAUCAACCUAAAGAAAUUAAUGGUAUUGAAUUAUAUGCUCAAGGUAUAAAGAAAUUUAUUUGUUGUCAAGAAGAUAUCCAUAUUUGUGAUAUUAAAAAUAUACCUCAAUGUAAUACAAAAGAAUCUCUUAAUCUAAUAAGUGUAUUUUUUUCUCUACUUAUUCUUUCUCUUAUUAUUCUUAUAUAUUUAACUGGAAAUAAAAAAAAAAAAAAUGAAAACACACAAGAAAAUAUUGGAAGUACACAAAAUGUUUCUCUUAACCAAAACGGACCCCCAUAA